CAUCGCUUGCUUCUCUCUUUCCUUUUUCUUUUCCCUUAAGCAUGUAACAAGUGGAGAUUAUCCUCCAAGAAUGGACUUCCUUGCAUGUAUGUAGUCUAUAGAAAUCAUGUGAAGGAGAAGGAUUUGUUCAAAGCAACCAAGGCAUUCUAUUCCAACAAUCUCAGCUCGGCCACUUUGUUCUUGCUCGGACUAUGUCAUUCCAAAUAUAUAUAUCUGGACAGCAUAAGGUGCGGUCACACUGCGUGUUCCCUUGGCUUCUAUUGCUUACCACCAAGACCAUGAUGGACUCUGCGUUUUCUACUUGCUUCUUCUUCUUCUUCUCUUUCUACAUCUUCACCUUAGCAGCUAAUGCCAAUCAAGCUGACGUUCUUCUGCGUAUGAUGAGGUCAAAAUGGCCGCCUGCAGCGCAACAAGAUAGCCUGUUUCGUCUCAGCAAUUCUAGCAAGGAAUUGCCUGCAGUAUAUGUUGCUCCACAGCAUGGUUUGAAGGAUCUCGACAAGAUCGACAGGCUGCCAGGGCAGCCUGAAGGCCAGAGUAUCAACCAGUAUGCUGGUUAUGUGACGGUCGAUCACCACAACGGGAGAGCACUCUUUUACUACUUCGUUGAGUCCCCAGAAGACCAAGCCAAGAAACCACUUGUGUUGUGGCUUAAUGGAGGUGAUCGGCAUCACUACCAUGCUCUUCGGUGUUUUCCUCGGUCGAUUGAUAUUUUGAGAUGUGCAGGCCCUGGAUGCUCUUCUUUAGGUUACGGAGCCAUGGAAGAGCUUGGACCUUUCAGAGUCAACAGUGAUGGCAAAACCCUGCGUGAAAACGACCACUCAUGGAUCGAUGUGGCAAACAUCAUCUUCUUGGAGUCUCCUGCUGGUGUUGGAUUCUCGUACUCGAACACCACUUCAGAUUACCGCUCCAAUGGAGACAGAAGAACAGCAGAGGACUCCUAUACCUUCCUGGUCAACUGGUUGGAGAGGUUUCAGGAGUACAAGAGCCAUGAUUUCUUCAUCACCGGAGAGAGCUACGGCGGCCACUACGUUCCUCAGCUCGCCAGUCUCAUCCUCCGGAACAACAUGAAGAUGAACCAGUCAACCAUCAACCUGAAAGGGAUAGCUAUUGGCAACGCGUACAUCGACCGAAACAUAAACGAAAUUGAGAUGUACGAGUUCCUGUGGGCUCACGCCAUGUUCUCCGACGACACCCACAAGCUGAUCCAAAAGCAAUGCAAUGGCUCAGACACCUUCUCCCUCGAGUGUCAAGACGCCAUGUUUCAGGCUCGUAGGGAGACUGGGGAAAUCAAUCUGUACAAUGUUUAUGCUCCUCGUUGCUCUGCAUGGGCUCGUGAAAAUGAAGAAUAUGAUCCUUGUGAUGACGACUACGUGCGCUCAUACCUCAACGAUGAGAAGGUGCAAAAGGCCCUUCAUGCAGUUCCAACUGGAUGGGGACACUGCAGUUCCAUGGUUUGGACUGAUACUACUGUGAGCAUGCUAGCUAUGAUCAAGAAGCUCUCGACCAGAGGCUUAAGAGUGUGGUUAUACAGCGGUGACAUUGAUGCGGUAGUUCCAGUGACAUCAACAAAGGCCUCAUUGAACAUGCUUGAUCUUCCCAUCCGCAGAGCAUGGCUGCCAUGGUACAUUGAUCAUGAGGUGGGAGGAUAUGUUGUAGAAUACAAAGGGAUAACUUUUGUGACAGUAAGAGGAGCAGGACAUGAGGUCCCAAGCUACCAACCAGAGAGCUCUUUGGCAAUGAUCACUGCGUUCCUUCAAGGAACCUCCCUUCCUCCAAAGAAGGGCAAAAGAAUGUUCUGAUUGACAUUCUUAAUAUGCACACAUGUUUCUACAGCUUCAAAAACACAUCAGGAUUUGCCUCAGCUGGAGGAGACUGCUAAUAAAUAUCUGCAGGAAUCUUUUAGACAGCUACUCUUAUUGAUUAGGCCAAGCUAUCAAGAAUG